AUGGAUCUCAUAAUCUCAUCUCAUCUCACCCCAUAUCACACCCGCAUCUCAUCACUGGGAACAGAGAGGCAACAGAAACGUAAUGCCAACAUCAACAUCAACCAUGGCCAGGGGCAGGGGCAGGCCAAAAGAGAAGUGAAGAAAUCUCCAACGUCUCGCCAGCCGCGUGAGUUCAUUGGGGGCGUUUCAAAAUGGUGGCUGCAGGUUUGA